GGCGUUUUUCCCGGGUGCGACGAGAGAACGCGGAGAAGUGACAGGGAAAGGUGAAUUCGCGCGGAGUGUGUGUGUGUGCGCGUGUGUGUGUGCGGUGCGGUGCGGUGUGUGCGCGCGUGUAUAUAUAUGUGUGUGUGUUAUCGGGCAGCUGUGCUGCGAGUCAUCGCGAGUCGAGGCUGGUCGAGGUCGCAGUCGAGGACCAACAAGUCAAAGACACUUGCCGCUCCGUGUGUGCGAUCGCAGCCGACGCCGUGUCUCGCGACAGCGGUGAUAUAGCGCGGCGCAGCGGGGGAGCCAUGACUACGCGUGGAGAAUGGGCUCGAUCGCGUCGGUGCUGCAGUGGCAUUGCUCGGAAUGCGCCCUGAUAAAUCCGACGGAGAGUGCGAGAUGCGCCAGGUGCGGGCUAACGCGGUUCAGGAGCGACGAGAGGGCCAGCCUCGGCAGGCUCGAUCGUACCUCGUCCGUCUCGUUCAUCGCUGCGGAGUGUAGCGCGCACCAGGAGAGGAGCGGGAAACAAGUAACGGGAGGAGGAAACGAGCGGCGAUCGACGAGACGGCACGAGGACGAGGAUUGUCCGCGCGGGGAAUCGUCCUCCGGAGAAUCGACGCCGCCGACACCGCCGCCGAGGACGGACAAGUUGUUGGCGCGCAACUCGACGGAAACAUCUCUGUCCGUCGAUCGGCGCGUCGAGUCUCGACGUCCCGUCGCUUCUUCUUGUUUUGAGAGAUAUCAAUUGGCAUCCAGCAACAAGACUUCACAUCGUGGUUCAUGGAGUGGUGAUUCGUCCGAAAGAGGAAAACCGCUAAAACGUUUUUCCUCUUUACCUUCUUUAGUCACACAGUGGACUUGUAUUCGAUGUCUAUUGGACAAUAAUUGCAGCUCAUUGAUUUGCGCGGCUUGUGACGCCAGUGCAUCGAUAGCUCGAAUUGACGGGAGGCAGAUUGGCGCACGAAAGAGUAAAAAAAUUAAUUUACACAAAGAAAAUCGUCUCAAAGUCACGUCUGGAUUUUUGGCUAAUAUCUUAGACAGUGGCGCUAGUUCCAGUAACGAUGAUAAAAGUAAUAGUACAGGCAUGGCACAGUUGACAAGCAUAAGUCGAAACGAAGGCGAAAGAGUGGACCGCAAAGAUUGGAUUUUACCGUCACUAGGAAUGAUGGAGUCUACCACGCUUCCGUUCACAGAUAAUAGCGAUACCACUCAACGUUCUCCAAAACGGCACAGUCCCUCCAUGUAUGAGCGAGUCAAGUCUAAAGUCAGCCGUUCUUUAUCAAACGGUUCCGUUGUUCAGAAAUUGUCGGAACACGUGGUUCAGAGACCCACGAGCCUAAUGGUGCCGGAAACACGUCAGGAUGACGGCUUGUGGAGCUGCGAUAAUUGCACGUUGGACAAUGCACCUGGUUUGGAACAGUGCGAGGCAUGUGACGCUCCCCGGAGUCCUGCGCCUUGUAGUGGAGUGGUUAUCAGUGUGCCUGCUUGGGUGCCACGCGCGUUAUCGUCCGCGGGACCCUUGUCGUACAGAAGAUCUUUCUCAGAUGCCGAUUCGGUUGCGAAUAUGACGCAGAAGAAGACUGUCAAUCGUAGGAGUCUAAAUGAUGAAGAACCGCCUGCAGUGCCACCACAUUCAAUUGGCUUCAACACAAGACCGAAGUAUUCCUACAUAGGGAUCACGGAUCCUGAUAUACCGCCGCCAUUGCCAAAGAAGCAGACUAGUAAGUUGGUACCGACGAAGGCGCACAGCGAGGCGACCAGUCCCGUGGGCGAUAUAUCGAGUCCGCUCAAACGCAUGUGGACCUGCCGAAAGUGUUCUUACGCAUACAAUCCGCUGUGGUCUAGCGGUUGUGAUAUCUGCGGCUCAUCCAGAUCGCCUCCUUCAUUAACGCAACCUAGCCUAAUAACAGUUACAAAAGAUACAAGUAGCUAUCCGACGCACGCACAAUCUCCGAUCGUAGUGUCGAGAGAUAGUGUCAGAUACAUACCACCGAAAUCGGCCACUCUGGCCACGGCGGAAUCCGAUCUGGACGAUCAGGUCGAUCCGCCGUCGCCAGUAUGGACGUGCAAAAAAUGCACUCUGCUGAAUGCCGCGUCGAGAACAACAUGCGAAGCUUGCUGCGGUUCGAAAUUGAAGAGCAUCAUGCAUCUGGAGGACGCCACGUUACGAAAGGGAGAAAGUUGGGUUUGUCCGUCGUGUACGUUAAGGAAUCCCCUGUCGACGCAGAACUGUAAUGCCUGCAAAACGUUAGCGGACUUUUUAGAAGUUCCGAAAGACAAUAGAGCUCUGGGUCAACGAAGUCCAAGUCCGAGACUCUGCUCAACCCCGGCAAAUUCCAAAGCAGUUACACCAAGACACAGAAAUUCCGUAAGAAAAAAUGGCUCUUCGGCAAAUGACAAAAGGCAUUCAAAAACCAGAGACUCUUCAAACGCUCAAUGGCAAUGCAAAUUGUGCACAUACGAAAACAAGAGUACAACUGCAGUUUGUGAAAUGUGCCAAAGCUCGAAGUUGCUGUCGCAAAUAUCAGGAGAUAGAGGAAUAUCGAGACUUCUCGAAUCGGGUACCAGCACUCUUAGAAUACAACGACAAGAGAGCGUUGUGAUGGAAAAUCUCAGACAGCUGGAGGAGAGAGAAGCGUUAGAAAAAUGGGAGCGCAUUGUACGAUACUGCAAGGAGACAAACGAGCCGUUCGUCGAUGAUUCGUUUCCACCUGCUCCAAAAUCUUUGUACUAUAAUCCCGCGGAAACAAAGGAUAAUCAUGUUGUCCAAUGGAGAAGGCCGCAUCAAAUUAAUGUCGAUUCAAGUGUCGAUUCUAAACUGCCUUGGGCUGUCUUUAGGACGCCCCUACCUUCUGAUAUCUCGCAAGGUGUGUUAGGAAAUUGCUGGUUAUUGUCAGCACUGGCUGUUCUGGCCGAGAGUGACGAGCUAGUGAGAAGAGUUUUGGUCAUGAAAGAGACGUGCCCCGAAGGUGCUUAUCACGUUAGACUUUGUAAAGAUGGAAAAUGGACAACAGUUCUUGUUGAUGAUUUAUUACCCUGUGAUAAAAGAGGUCACCUAGUAUAUUCUCAGGCAAAAAGAAAACAACUUUGGGUGCCGCUAAUUGAAAAAGCAGUUGCUAAAAUACAUGGCUGUUACGAAGCUUUAGUAUCCGGCCGUGCUAUAGAAGGUCUAGCAACGUUAACUGGUGCACCGUGUGAGAGCGUGCCUUUACAACCUUCAGCAUUGCCAAGCGAAGAUGAACUCGACAGGGACCUAAUAUGGGCACAACUCUUGUCCUCGAGGCAGGCUAUGUUUUUAAUGGGUGCUAGCUGCGGAGGUGGUAAUAUGAAGGUUGACGAGGAGGAAUAUCAACGCAAAGGUUUAAGACCGAGACAUGCAUAUUCUGUCCUCGAUGUACGUGAUGUACAGGGAAUACGGUUAUUACGACUGCGCAAUCCUUGGGGUCACUACAGUUGGAAAGGAGACUGGUCGGACGAUAGUCCUAUAUGGACGCCGCAAUUACGAGAGAUGCUCAUGCCACAUGGUGCUUCGGAUGGUGUUUUUUGGAUAUCUUUUGACGACGUUUUGAAAUACUUCGAUUGCAUCGAUAUCUGUAAGACGCGAGUUGGAUGGAGUGAAGUGAGAUUACGCGGCACUCUUCCUCCGUUGUCGUCUCUUAGACACUUGUCGUGUGUUCUUUUGACAGUACUAGAACCUACUGAAACGGAGUUUACGCUGUUUCAAGAAGGUCAAAGAAACUCGGAAAAAUCACAACGCUCUCAAUUGGACUUGUGCGUGGUGGUCUUUCGUACGAGAUCACCAGCCGCUCCAGAAGUCGGUAGACUGGUGGAACACAGUAAGCGACAAGUGCGCGGUUUCGUAGGCUGUCACAAGAUGUUGGAAAGGGAUUUGUAUAUCGUCGUGUGUUUAGCUUUCAAUCACUGGCACACCGGAAUGGAAGAUACGUCCAGUUAUCCCGAAUAUGUUCUUGCUAUUCAUAGUUCAAAGAGACUUCUAGUCGAGCAGAUAUCACCACCUGCUUUUGUCUUAGCUGAUGCUAUUAUAAGUUUAACAUUGGCUAAAGGACAAAGACACGAAGGCAGAGAAGGUAUGACUGCCUAUUAUUUAACUAAAGGAUGGGCCGGUUUAGUGGUAAUGGUCGAAAAUCGUCACGUGAAUAAAUGGAUUCACGUAAAAUGCGACUGCCAUGAGAGCUAUAACGUUGUGUCCACGAGAGGACAACUCAGAACUGCCGAUAGUGUUCCCCCUCUUCACAGACAAGUCAUCAUAGUUCUAACGCAAUUGGAAGGUAGCGGAGGUUUCUCAAUAGCACAUCGACUCACGCACAGACUAGCUAAUAGUGGAAAUUUGCAUGAUUGGGGGCCGCCUGAUACACAACAUUGUCCUCAAAUCGAUACUCAGGUGGAAGGUUUGCACAGUCCUCGUUUGAUAACGUGAAAAAAUAAAAUAUGGAACGAAUAAAGACUGAACAUUAUUUGGGAGAUGUGUUGCCGAUUGUAGUUAAAAAAAAAAAACAAAAAAAAAACAAUUCUCGUGUUCGCGACAUCGAGAAAUUGACUGACAAAAAACCAAAGCAAGCUAGAAAACGUUUCAUACGAUAUUCUGGAGACGGUUAAAAAUACUGUUUGUGCUUUCUAGCUGACGAUGCUCUAGGACGAAUGCACUUAGCGCAAUAUGCUCAGCAUUCGACGUAAUAUACAAUAAGCAACAAUUAAAUGUACAAUGGUUCUGGACCCCAGUGUUAUAAAAAGUCUUGAAAAAAAAAAAGUACUUUUUUUCGAGCACACAUAGAGUGAGUUAUGCGUUUCGUGCGCGUUUGACGAGAGAAAGCAUGAACUUAUUUAAAAAUACAAAAACAACAACAACAAAAAAUAAAACAAGAAAGAUAAGAUAAAACUUAUGUGCAAAUUAAGUGUUUCUGCUGGAACCAUUGAGUUGUAAAGACUUACGGGAAAUUGAAUAUUUAUGAAAAAUCAAGUUGAACGGUUUGCUUGUUAAAUAUAAACAAAAAAAAAUUAUUUUCUCAACUUAACAUUUAAGCAUCUUAAGGAAUGACAAAAACUUAAAUAUUAUACACACAAUAAUGUAAUAUAAAAUAAAAUAAAAACCACUAGGAAAGAUUUAAGGAUGUGUAAAAAAACACCUUACACAUUGUCUUUGGAAUUGCGUAGAGUGUAGCACACGAUUUACAAAUCGGAUCAUUUCCGAUUUUAACAAGAAAAAAAGAAAAAAAAAAGAAAAAAACAAUGUUUACAUGUCGAUCCUAUUUCUAUAUACGUGUAAGGCCGUGUUUGAAGAAACCCGUGUUUGAAAAACAACUUGUAUUACCUUAGGUUUAUUAUAUAUUUGACAUAUGCAUCCACAUGUGGAAAACAACAAGUUGAAAUCUUAACGAGGAUUUUCACGUUCCGAUUAUGGCAUUGAUUGUUUAUCGGGUUUAUCUCUAUCUAGGCAUUGUUGUUUCUCUCCAUCUUGACACCGGAUGGGGAGCUUUGUGCUAAACAAAAAACAAAAACAAAAAAAAAA